AUGUUCACUACCAACGACGCCGAAUCCGCGAUCCAGAUCGUGUUUUCAGGCGGCUUGGCCGACGGCGAGCUGCGGGAGCGUGCCACUGCCUACCUCAAUUCCCUCAAGGCGUCCCAAGAAGGAUGGAAGUUCUGCGUGGAGCGGUUCUCCCCAACUGCCUUCCCAGAGGUCAAGUUCUGGUGCCUGCAGACGCUGCACGAGGUGGUCAGGGCCUACUACCUGCAGAUGGACGCCCAGUCGCAGUCGACGAUCAAGGGCGCGCUGCUGACCUGGCUGCAGCGGGACUGCACCGUUGAGUCCGCAGGGGCGCUGCCGCCCUUCCUCCGCAACAAGCUGGCGCAGGUGCUGGUUUCCAUCGUGCAGCUGGAGUAUCCCGCGGUGUGGCCGACGUUCUUCCGGGACCUCAUUUCGGCAGCCCACCAGGGCCCAGGGCUGGCGGACAUGCUGUGCCGCGUGAUGGUGGCAGUAGACGAGGACAUCAUCAGCCUCGACAUACCAAGGCGCGAGGAGGCUAAGCUGUCCAUGCACGUGAAAGACUCCAUGCGCGACCGCUGCAUCGGCGACGUGGCGGAGGCGUGGUACCAGCUCGCCCUCGCGCACCGCGCCGCGCGGCCGCAGCUGGCGGCGUUCGUGCUGGCAACGGCGGCGCGGUACAUCCAUUGGAUCGACAUCGGGCUGGUGGCCAACGACAGGUUCAUGCCGCUGUUGCUGGAGUUGAUGGAAUCCCCGCACUCAGCACUGCGCGCCGCGGCCACUGACUGCGUAAUAGAGGUCGUGUCGAAGCGCAUGGAGCCGGCCGCCAAGGUGCAGCUUGUGGCGUCCCUCAAAAUCGUCCCGGCCUGCGCCAGCUGGAGCCGCACGCUCGCGGCCGCGGUGGCCGCCGCAGCGUCGGCCGACGGCGGCGGUGGGGCAGGGGGAGGCGGCGGGGGCGAGGGCGCGGCAGCGGCGGCGAUGCUGGAGGACGAGGAGCUGAUUAGUAAGGUGGCGAAGCUGCUGGCCACGAUGGCCGGGGAGGUUAUGGACGCACUCAAGCGGGUCGAAAACAGCGUGAUCAGCAUGCAGGCGGUGGGCUUUGAGGUGGACGACGAAGCCGGCAGCGAGGCCACCGCCGUCGUCGACGCCGCGUCGCGCCUGCUGGAGCAGCUGACGCCGGCGGUGCUGCAGGCGUUUGCGUGCGGGCUGGAGGCCGUGGCGAUGCCGCUGGUGCCGUUCAUCAACGCCUAUGUGGCGCGGCUAAAGAUGCUCGCGCGACGCUGUUGGCAGCGGACGCCCGAGGCGCGUCCGACGCAUGCCUGA